CUUUUUCCUUAUUAGAAAGGGGGAGCGUCGCGAACUCGCGUGUUUGCUCCAGUUCCUAGGGUUUCAUAUUCCCAAAUUCCCCAAAUCACAAUCCCAAUUCAAAUCCCAUCCAAUUCUCUGCCCUAAAAUCCUCAUGGGAAAGAACGAUUUCCUCACACCGAAGGCAAUCGCCAAUCGAAUCAAGGCCAAGGGACUCCAGAAGCUCCGAUGGUACUGCCAGAUGUGCCAGAAGCAAUGCCGAGACGAGAACGGAUUCAAGUGCCACUGCAUGAGCGAGAGCCACCAGCGGCAGAUGCAGAUCUUCGGCGAGAACUCCAAUCGCAUCGUCGACGGUUACUCCGAGGAGUUCGAGCAGAGUUUUCUUGAUUUGAUGAAGCGGAGUCACCGGUUCAGCCGUAUCGCCGCCACCGUCGUGUACAACGAGUACAUCAACGACCGCCAUCACGUGCAUAUGAAUUCCACCGAGUGGGCGACGCUGACUGAGUUCGUGAAGCAUUUGGGGAGGACUGGGAAGUGUAAGGUUGACGAGACGCCGAAGGGUUGGUUCAUUACGUAUAUUGAUCGGGAUUCCGAGACGCUUUUUAAGGAGAGGUUGAAGAACAAACGGCUUCGGGCGGAUAUGGCGGAUGAGGAGAAGCAGGAGAGGGAGAUUAAGAAGCAGAUUGAGAGGGUUUGUCAGUCUAUGCCGGUGGGUAAUGGGUCUGAUCAGGGUUCGGAGGCUGAGGCCAAUCAGGAAGUGAAAUUGGAGCCUGGGGUUAAGAUUGGAUUUGCGCUUGGGUCCUCGAAACUGGGACCUAAAGAUAAAGGGGGGAGUGCGAAAUUGGUGUUCGAUGAGGUGGAGGAUGAGACGAAUGAGAGAAAGGUUAAGAAGGCAAAAGAUGGAAGUGGCGGUGACGCGAGGAGCUUGGCUUUGGAAGAGUUGAUGAGGGAGGAGGAGAAGAAGAAGGAGAGGAUUAAUAGGAAGGAUUAUUGGUUAUGUGAGGGAAUCGUUGUUAAAGUGAUGAGUAAAGCCUUGGCUGACAAGGGUUACUAUAAGGGAAAAGGGGUUGUGAGGAAAGUGAUUGAUAAGUAUGUUGGGGAGAUUGAAAUGCUUGAAAGCAAGCAUGUCUUGAGAGUUGACCAGGCUGAGCUUGAGACCGUGAUUCCGAAUCUUGGGUGCCUUGUGAAGAUAGUCAAUGGGGCUUACAGAGGAUCAAAUGCAAGGUUGCUGGCGGUCGACACAGAUAACUUUUGCGCUAAGGUGCAGAUAGAGAAGGGGUUGAGGGAAAUAGCAGCAUUCACAGUGGAAAGAUGCACACAAAGGCUGGAAAGUUGGAAACAAUGAGAUAUUAAGCUGCAGGUCUGAUAGAUUUACAGUGUGAAUUAUGGUAUGCUGUUUAGUUUGAUCGGUAGAUAGCAACUCCAAUGGAACCUUGGAGCUGAUUGAUAAUAAAUGAGCCGACAAGGUCACACUGGGGAGGAGCUCUCGAGUGCGGCAGUCGUAUAGGGCAGCAAACCUCAAAGGUGUGAGACCAGUGUGGGGUUGGGUGGGACCAAAUACGGAGAAGCCCCAUCUUUUGUAAGGAGGAUCAUACUGAUGACGUCCGACAGUCGGACUCAAGAAUUUUUCACUGGUAAGGCUGUCCACAGUGAUUUAGGUGAGUAUAAAAGAAUUAUGCAUCCCUGUCCAGCUCUAUCAGCGGGCUCUUUUCACUUAAAUUCUUCAGCCCACUAUAAGAUUAUGAUUCUUAUAUUAAUUUAAUACUAGUAGAGAGUGUGUGC